ACUUUCCUUAACAGAAUGCGCCCCUUGCAACCGUUGACGUCACCUACGUCACGUGACGUGUUGUCAAAGUGAAUGUGAAUGAAGCAGAAUACACGAAACCGACGACGUUCAAGCCAGAAAUUUAGUUAAUAUUUUUCAAAGAUAAGGGAAUUGCAAUGCGUAUUUGGGUAGUACUCCUACUCGUGGGUCUGAUCGGAUCGCAGAUAUGGGUCAGUGCGUUUCGAGAGGAUGCAGAAGACAACGAAUUUGCUGAAUUUGAAGACUUUGAAGAUGAGGAUGCUGCGGCUGCUAGUGCUAGUCAUGAUCGACCCCCAACUACAGAGCAACAGAAAGCUGCUCCUCCAGAUGCCAAAACAGUAAUUAAAGAAACAGAGGACGAAGAAGAGGAAGAUACAAUUGUGGAGGAUGAAGAUGACAACGAAUUCGAGCAUUUUCAAGAUGAGGAGGAAUUUGAAGGGUUUGACAAUGAAAGACCAGUCAGUGUCGACAAGACUGAUGAGAAGGAGGUCCCAAAAAUCACAAUUACCAAGGUUCCUCUCCACUUGAGAACCAAUUGGGAUAGUUUCUACAUGGAAAUGUUGAUGUUGGCUGGUCUCACUGUUUAUUUCAUCAAUUUCUUCACUGGUAAAAAUAAAAACCAAAGAAUUGCAAAUGCAUGGUUUUCUACUCAUCGCCAACUCUUAGAAGAUAAUUUUACUCUUGUUGGUGACGAUGGAAAGAUGGAAAUUGAAAAUCCUGGUCUUAUUAAAGAAUCCGAACAUAGUUACACCUUAUGGUGUAGUGGUCGCUUGUGUUGUGAAGGGAUGUUAGUUGAACUGAAGCUUUUAAAGAGGCAAGAUCUUGUGGGUGUUAUUGGACAAAUUAUUCGCCCUACCAUGGACCAGAUCCAGAUCCGUGUUGACAUGGCUCGUGAAGACAUGGAUUCAUUUGUUUUCUGUCUGGCAACUAAAAAGAGUGGACUACGUCUUUCGAAAGAAAUGCAAGACCUUAGUCUUUAUUGUCCUGAGAGGAGAGCAGGAGAGAAGUUUGGUGUGCCAAGUAAUAUGUGUGUCAUGAGUGAGAUGGGAGAAGUAUCUUCUACACUGCUGGACUCAAGAGUAACUUCAUUAGUAAAUAAGUAUCAAGACAUGAUUGAAUUCAUGCAUUUUUCUGAUCAGUACUCUGGCCCCAAGCAAACUGAAGACACUGCUACUUUGGUUAAAUUACCUGAGGUCAAACGAGUUCUAAUUUUCUGCUUCAACAUCCCAAUUAAAAACCAAGGAAUGCAAGAGAGUAUUGAUCAGAUGUUACCUAUGAUGCAUUUGGUCUUCUAUUUCAUGGAUAAAGUAAAGAGGUUCCGUCUUGGGAAAGAAAGCAAACAAAAGGCUGAUAAGAAUCGUGCUCGUGUUGAGGAGGCCUUCUUGAAGACCACUCAUGCUGCUCGCGCCGAAGCGGCUGCUGCUAAAAGGGAGGAGAAGCGCCGCCAGGAAAAGGAAAGGAUCAUGCUGGAGGAAGACCCUGAGAAGCAAAGAAAAUGGGAAGAAAAAGACAUGAAACGACAAAUGAAGAAAAAAGCCCCCAAAAUGAAGCAGUUGAAAGUAAAGGCAUUGUAAGGUUGUGGUCUUUGUACAAGGAAGUAUUUUGCUAGUCAUUUUUGCUCUUAGCAUUAACAUCUUUUAACUUGAUUUCAAAUGAAUUAGGAUUUCAGCUUUGUAUCCUGUUUUGUAACUGAUAUUGCUUAUAAUUCUUAAGUCUGCCUCUUGGAGUUGGACUUCUUAAAAUAUUUUUGAGCAGCUACAUUGUGUACAAUAUGUGAACUAGUUUUCAGUAUUUGCUAAAAAUACUGUUAUACAUUGUAGUGCUGUUUUUCUAUAUCAAUCCCAUGCCUUAUUUAUUGUUUUAUUCAUCCACAAGGAAAUCAACCAACUAUGUACUUUGUGUGCAUGUGUAGAAAAUGUUUUCCUAUUCAUUUCAUAUUCAUGCUUGGCGCAGGUUGUUGUGUAUACCUUUGUAAUAUACCCAACCAGGCGGAAGUUGUCUCAUGUGUUGUUAUUGUGUUUUUAGUUUAUCUGUGUUUUUGUACAAUUAUUUGGCAUUUCUUUAUAUUUUUAACAAGUGUGUUUUUAAUAUCAAAGAAGUCUCUAUCCAUUGCUGGAAUAGAUCAGAUAUCUAGGCAGCAAUUUCAAAUUAAUACCACUUUGCCUACAGAAAUUUUUAGAAAAAAUUGUCCACAAGUGGUUUAUUGUAAGUCCUAAUCGUUUCAUGACUGAUAGCAUUUAGAACUUCCUUUGCAAGAAUUAAUUAAUCCUUACUUUUGUUGAAUAAGAUGUCCCUUUCUCACAGACAGAGCUGUCUAUUGAAUUUGUUUUUCAUUAGAAGUAAUGAUUCCCUUUCUUAGAGACUGAGAAAUCUCUUGCUUUAUGGUAUUCCUGUUAUGUUUUGUCACCUUGUAAGCAAGCAAUAAAGAAAAUAUUACUUGUUCAACAUGGA